AUGGCUCGGGUUUGGCUCAAAAUUUUAAACGUGCUCGCUUAUUUUUUAUUUACAGGAGUAAAUCUUUAUUCAUUCCUUUUUGAUGAAGACACGAAAAAAUUUCCUGGAUUUAAGAUAAUCCAUCAAACUUAUAUUUCUCCUGCACCAUAUGUAUACGGUAUUUGGGGUUUAAUUCAUCUCCUGUUAUUAGGAUUUGUUAUUUACCAAUUCUUUGCUAAAAACGAAGAAAUUAUUACCGAAGCCAUUGGUUGGCGUUUUAUCAUUAUUACAAUAGUGAAUGCUACUGGCAAUAAACUUUAUGUUACUAUUUUAAUUACAUCUGCUCUAGUCUCUACUGUUUACUAUCGUCUUAGGACUCAUGCUCACUAUCUUACCCGUACAUGUACAUGGAGUGAAACUUUAUUUAUUCAUGCACCAUUUUCAAUAUAUCAUGGCUGGGUUUUUGUAUUAGUUGUAAUUGGAGGUUUCGCUGCCUUCUCAGAAAAAGAACAGGGAGAAUCACCUAGCAUUCUCAUGAAAAUCUUGGUUGUAUUGGCUUUGUUAAUUCUUGAAACGACAGCAGUUGGUUACAUUGAAAAAUUCAAAGGUGACAUCGCGGGGGCCAUCGUAAUCGUUUGGGCAUUGAGUGGUAUCGCAGUUGAACAAGAUGAUUCUGUAAUUCGUUGGGUUGCCGUUUUCUUUGCUGUUUUCACAACAUUUCAUAUCUUAAAAGCUAUUUAUCAAAGAUAUAUAAGCAAAUCGGAAACAAAAGGGGCUCCAUUGCUAGGAUAA